AUGUAUGAGAACGAUAUUGCCUUAGUUAAACUAAACCGUGAAGUCAUUCUCGGCCCGUAUGUGCGCACUGUUUGUGUUCCUGGACCUGACCUGGACCUCGCCAAACCAGGUACAACAGGAAUGGUUGCUGGAUGGGGAAAGACUGAAUUGGGUUAUGGUUCUUUUUUUCUUCUCUACUCCUCGUUUACCAUCGAGACAAACAAUGCAUGUGAGAUCAGGGCAGCAGACGUCUACUACAACAAGACAGUAGCAUUUUGUGCAAGUGAUGUCAAAGGGAMCAGCACCCCAUGUUACGGUGACAGUGGAGAUUCCACUUGUAUGGGCCCUGGUAAGCCUAGAAAUGGUGUAGUUACUCCAGUCAAAAGGGUAUACCAGCCAGACGAGGUCAUAAGGUUUGCGUGUGACAUAAAAUACACGAGAAUCGGAAAAUCAGAUCUGACCUGUCAACGAGAUGGAACUUGGAAUGGAUAUUGGCCACUUUGCUCAGCGCCAUGCCCAAGACCCGCACAACCAAAAAAUGGUAUCCAACUCGGUAACAACUUUGCUCAUGGACACAGCGUUAGGUUUAUAUGUAGUCCUCGCUAUAGACGUAUUGGCUCAUUUGUUAUUGCUUGCUUGAAUGGAAAAUGGACCAAUAAAACUCCAAAAUGUGCUGCUCCAUGUCCAGAUCCUGGUACACCAAUUUAUGGUUAUCGAUACAACCAUUCUUUCCUACAUGGUGACCAAGUUAUGUUUUCUUGCGAGAAGGGAAAGUCUUUGAUUGGAAGUAAGAUUAUUACAUGCAAUGAUGGACGAUGGGAUCAGACUACACCAACAUGUUCAGCAG